AUGGCAAGAGUGGAUAAGGCUCGUUUUGCCAGACUAGCAGUAAAUAUUGAUCUCACGAAACUGCUAGUUUUCAUGGUUAAGCUAGAUGGAGUCACUCAAAUAGUGGAAUACGAGAGCCUACCAACAAUCUGUUAUCACUGUGGAAGAUAUGGUCUUCUAGAAGUAUCAUCUCCGACUAAACAUGGCCAGCAGAAGAUGACUGAGCCAACAACUACCUCACUGAAACAAGCAGCGGUGCAGACUGAGCAUGCUGCCUUUGAUCAGGAGCCCAAGGCACGGGAAGUGGUAGAGCGUGACAAUCACAUCUUUGGCCCCUGGAUGCAAGUACCGUCUCGAGCCUGGCAAAAUAGGAAAGGCUACAAAAGGCCAUCUAACAAUGUAGCGAGCAAAAAUGACAGGGGAGGCAAUAGGUUCAAAGUACUCCACUCUGCAGAUGAAGAAGAUAAUCACCAUAGCAGUAAUCCCGGCAAAGAAGCAAGGAAAGCUAACACUUUGAGCCAAGAGAUGGUUAUUCCCAAGAGACACAGGGGAAGGAAAGGGUGGAAAAGACAACCACUUGAAAGGAAAAGGUAA